CCUGUAGUAUAGAUUCCGAAAUCUACCCAAUUUUUUGAAUCCCCAAUUCUGCUACUGGAAAGAGCCUCAAAAAAGAAUAACAAACGGAAAAAAAUGGCUUCAUUUGCUGCACAGUCGUCUCUUCUUCCUCGCGCCUCAUCCACUUCCGAUCGCCGCCAGCCUUUCAUCCAUUCUUCGUCCCUUUGCUGCUUCCACAAGCCCUCAAAUUUGGCGGCAUCACCUAAAGUUCAUCCUCUUUUCGCCUCGCCCCAACACCAGCUUCCCCAAGGAUUUGGAUUUUGGGGAAAGAAGGAAUCGUUGACGCAGACUGUAUUAGCUGUUCGACACUUGACGGGGUCGCUUACCUCGGCUGAGGGCCUCCGCUUUGCUAUAGUGGUGGCACGGUUCAAUGAGAUUGUUACUAGGCCGCUUUUGGAGGGAGCUUUGGAUACUUUCAAGAAAUACUCUGUUAGAGAAGAAGAUAUAGAUGUUGUAUGGGUUCCGGGUAGCUUUGAAAUUGGCCUAGUUGCAGAGAAGCUUGGGAAAUUGAGAAAGUACGAAGCAGUUUUGUGCAUUGGGGCCGUUAUCAGAGGUGAUACCACCCAUUACGAUGCUGUGGCUAAUUCAGCAGCUUCUGGAGUACUAUCAGCGGGUCUGAAUUCUGGUGUCCCUUGCAUAUUUGGUGUCCUGACAUGUGAAGACAUGGAUCAGGCUUUAAACCGAGCAGGUGGUAAGUCGGGAAACAAAGGAUCUGAAGCAGCAUUGACAGCAAUUGAGAUGGCGUCUUUAUUCAAACACCAUCUGAAGCCUUAAGCACGCACUUCAUUACCGGGCAAAAGCCUCGAUGGUUUGUACCAUUUUUUCUUAAGAGCUACCUACCUGAGCUGCCUUUUGUUUCUUAAUAACUGCAUUUUAGAAGCUGUUUGCAUCUAUCUGUACCAGGAUUUGGUAAUAAAUUGAGGGCUGUGAAAAAUAUUUGCUUUUUGAAUACAAAUGUUGAGAAUGAUCCCAAUAUAAUUUUAUUGCGGGAUAUAUAUAGUGUGUGUUUGUACACAUGACUUUAUUCCCAUUUUGGCCGCUUUAUUCUCAUCUUCUUUCCAAGGA